CGUGAAUAAUGUAUCGCGGGCGGGGGGAAGCGCUCGGGACUCUCCGCUUCAGCCCAAACACAAGUGCGGCGUGCGGGUGCAUGGCCGCGUCACACGCGACGUGAAGCGCAUCCGGGAGGGUCCUCAUGCACCGGCCACCAGAACAGGGCAUGGCUGGGAAGCCAUUCAGAGCCACUUUCAUCUGGAGCAGCAUCAUCAACAACCUCCAGUCUCGCGUGGAGGUCAAGCGACGGCGCCACAAGCUGAAGUCGUACCACGACUGCUUCCUGGGCUCCGAGGCCGUGGACGUGGUGCUGGCUCACGUUAUACAGAACCGCUUCUGCGGUGAUGAGGACGUGCCCCGCUACAAGGCCGUCCGGCUAUGUCAGGCCCUGAUGGACUCGCGGGUGUUCGAGCCUGUGGGCACAAAAGUGUUUGGGAAGGAGAAGAGGCGGGCCGCUUUCGAGGACAGCAGCUGCAGUUUGUACAGGUUCGUGAGCGCCGCGUCCAGCUCCCCGAUCCUGACGAACAUCAACUCCUACUCGACCGGCACCAUCGAGAGCGGCUAUGACUCACCUAGCAGACCGAGUUAUAAGAGCAGCUACAGUCCAUCAUGUGAACGGAAACAAGGAGUGAGCUUCUCCACCCUGUCCCCUGUAAAAACAGACAAAUCAUUGGAGGACGUUUUGGGAAGCCUCAAUCUGAGCUCCACCAUCACGCCUCAGAUGAUUAACCUUGGACUUUCGCAAGAGUUGGUGGAUGAAGUGUGGCACCAGCAGGCGGUGUUCAGGCUGCUGCAGCUGAUAGAGCUCCCCCUAUUGGAAAACUUGUUGGAGGGCAAGGAGGGCCCCCGGCCCGUUCUGCAUGACAUGGACAGUGACCCUGACCUGCUCUACACAUCAAGUUAUCUGGACAGAGAGGUUCUCAAGGCCUUCAGUGAAGCACAGGCCGACGAGUGGAUGUCCGCGGCUGUGGACUGUCUGGAGUUUCUGCCCGAUGACCUGGUGGUGAAGGUCAGCCGGGGUUUGGCCGGUUGUGCCAAUGAGCAGGCCCGAUGUAAGACACAGCUGUACGCCGUGCUGUCUCAGCAUUACAGCCAGCUACGUCACCCGCCGCUGCUCAGCAACCACAUUUUUGACAUCCACUCCGGCAUCGCCGAACUCCUGGUAAAUGGAAAACAAGAGCAGGCUCUGGAGGCUUUGCAGCUCUGCCUCAAGCUGCAGGACUCCCGCAGCAGGGAGGAGCUGCGCAGGCUCUUGAGGUUUAUGUCCAUCGCUGCCAAACCACAGGAGGUCAAACUGCAGAAGGAGAUUGAGAACAGGAUGGCGGUGAAGAGGUCUUUCUCCAGUGCAAUUGUGUACAGCAGACGACUGGCGAAGGGGAAAGUGGACUUGACGGUCCUCUUCAUGUUGGACAACCACUGUGACGUGUUUAAGAUUCCCGUGUCGUUGCACAAACUGGUCAGUGACAGAUUAGUGAGCAUUGUGAAGGGGAAGGAGCCAGAUGCCACAACAACAGGUUCAGCAUACUGCAGAAGGGUCAGCGGAAAGGCCUACAUGGAAACUGUACGAAAGACCACCAAGGAGGAGCUCUCGUCUCUUCUCCAGACGAUCCAAGAGAACCCAAAACUCUCCGUCAAGGAAAAGAGACGGCUGCUGGGACAGUUUUACAAAGGCCACCCGGAGAUUUUCGUUAAGUACUUUGGAAAUAGACUGUCAGGUGUCGAUGUAUAGCAACAUAAGUAUUUAUUUGGUGGAUAAUUUAGUCUGUGUUGUAUGUCUUACAGUGUAAAAAAAAGAGGACAUUAGAACAAAGUCUAAUGUGAUGUAAAUGAUGUAAAAUUGUGUUGUACAGGUGCUUUUUAUUUACCUGCAAAAUGCAAAGUGGAGAUGUUAAAUGUAAAUGUGAAUUUGCUGAGGUAGAGAUUUUUUUUCCACGAGAUGCAAUAUUUAAUAAGAAGAUGUUUGCUUCUUUUUUUAAAAAUAUUAUUUGUUAUAUCAAUUUUAGGCCCCAUUAUGUGUGGAGGUGUAUAUGUAACCUUUGGAAAAUAAAAAUUACAUUUCAAUAUUACAGAACGUGCACAUUAGUAUAUGAAAAUAAUGAGUUGUAAUUGGAAUAUUGCAUGGAAAAUUUUAACAUCGUUCCAUAAGAUUUGGAAAUGAAAAUGCAAUUGCAGGAUAGAAUUGUCAUUUUCCAGAAGUUACAUAAACGCUCUUCCAUAAUUAUGGAGCAUCCAUGGUGGUUAAUGACGUACGAGACUUCGGUUUCGAAAAGCAAAACGAACAAAGUUUUCUCGCCGGUUCAGACGGUGCCAUUGUGCAGAUGCAUCUGGACAAUACGCGGCGCCUGCAGCCAGUGCGGAGAAGGUCAGAAGGCCCGCAUAUCCUAUUACAAUGACCGUAUUCAUUUUGGUUGCACAACAAGGAUAGCAUCUGGACGUUAAAAAAAAAAAAGUUUCCAUGUGGUUUCUUAUAUACCAUGUGAUUCAUAGUGCAACGAUGUCUGGGGAAUCCUCAAACGGAAAUUUGAAUCUGAAAAUUUUAAAGUCUAAUUUUGUGCUGUUGUAAACAGAAACUCAUGAGAAAAGUCCCUCACGAUGCUUGUGUUUGUCCAAACUAAACCACGGU